AUGAAACCCUCGGAUAUCCUCAUUUCGCUCUCGGGCUUGUGCUGUGUCGCUUCCGGCGCAGCUGUGCCUGGUUCGAAGAGCCAGUCAUCGGUGACCGAGAAGCGCCAGCUUGUUGGAGGCCUCCUCAGCGAUGUUCUCGGGUUGUUGAACCUGAGAACGGCUCUCGGAUCGGGUAACAGAAACGGCGUCCUACGCGCGCUGGAGGGAUUCGCGCCGAAGACGUCCCCAACAAGCGUGGCGCAGGCUUCCGCAGUCUUGGAAGCCAUCACGACAUCGAGCCCUACUACGCUUCCAGAGUUCAAUGCGCGAAUGAUCACCAAUGGCAUCAUCUCCGGCUCCGUUGGCGAAUUAUUCAAUUUCGCCCAGGGUACCGUCACCGCAGAAAACAGCAAGACUAACAGCAAUCCCAAUCCACCGACCCCUGUGUAUCCCAAGGUCGAGGCCUGUGAUGCGCCUUACUCUGUCUCCGAAGCCAGUCUCCGUGCUGCUAUCUACAUUCCGAACAGCUUCACUUACGGGCGGAAGCCGCCCGUCAUUCUAUUCCCUGGUACCGGAAGCACCGGCUACGUGACCUUCAUUGGCAACUUCAUCCCUCUUCUCUCGAACGUCGAUUACGCGGACCCAGUCUGGGUGAACGUGCCAGGAAAUCUUCUAGACGACGCGCAGGUGAAUGCCGAGUACGCAGCAUACGCGCUCAACUACAUCGCUGCGCUCACGUGCCGGAAUGUAUCCAUUAUCGCAUGGUCCCAGGGCAACAUCGAUACGCAGUGGGCGUUCAAGUACUGGCCUUCGACCCGCAACGUAACCUCGGAUCACGUCGCCGUCAGCGCCGACUACAAGGGCACUAUAUUCGCUGAUUUCGCUGACGUUACGGGUGUGACCAAUGAUCCGGCGGUACUGCAGCAGGAGGCCGGCAGUAACUUCAUCAGGGCCCUCAGGUCCAACGGGGGCGACUCUGGAUACGUCCCCACUACCAGCAUCUACAGCGGCUUCUUCGACGAGAUCGUCGAGCCCCAGCAGGGCACCGGAGCCUCGGCAUUCCUCCUGGAUGCGCGGGGCGUUGGCGUCACGAACUCGGAGGCCCAGGUCGUUUGCAAUGGUCAGGUGGCCGGGUCAUUCUACACGCACGAGUCGCUGCUGGCUAGCCCAUUGACCUUUGCCCUUGCCAAGGAUGCACUCACCCACGACGGGCCUGGGUUGCCGUCGAGGCUGGACUUGGGAACGGUCUGCAGUACAUAUCUCGCCCCUGGGUUGGGGCUGGACGACUUCCUGCUGACGGAAAAUGCCAUCCUGGUUUCUGGCUUAUCACUGGUUUUGUACCUACCCAAGGUAGCAUCUGAGCCUCCUUUGAUGCCCUAUGUUACAACAUGA